GCCCUAUUGCUGUCAACAAUGGUCCGGUCGACGACUUGGUUUGCCAUUUGUAUGAUUGCCUCCAAACGUCUGCACAACACUAUAUUCAUACGGCUAUUGAGGGCACCGAUGGCUGUGUUUGAUAACAAUCCUAUCGGUCGUAUACUAAAUCGAUUUACGAAGGAUCUGGGUAUUAUUGACGAGAUGUUACCAUCCACGUCAUUCGAUUUGAAUCUGGUAACGCGUAGUCCAGUGUAUUCGCACGUGAGCACUACCCUUAACGGGUUGGCCAGUAUCAGGGCUUAUGGCGCUCAACAGGCAUUUCGUAACCAGUAUUACACCUACCAAAACGACCAUAGUGCCACCUGGUUUGUAUUGCUGGGCGCGUCGCGUACGCUGGGACUAAUUGCCGAUUGGUUGUGUGUCAUCUAUUUAGCCGCCGUGGCCGCCGUCAUAAUGUCAUUCCACCAUGCCCUUAUGCUGACGGGUCAGACACAGUUCGGUGUGAGACAGUCGGCAGAGUUGGAGAGUCAGAUGACUUCAGUCGAGCGCAUCAUUGAGUACACAAAACUACCGCAAGAGGCGGACCUACUGUCCACUCAAGACAACACACCCCGCCCUCAGUGGCCACAGACCGGGGGUAUUGUCUUAGACCACAUGUCGCUCAUCUACGACAGCGCACCCGACAAACCGGUGCUCAAAGACAUCACGUGUGAGAUAAGGGGCGGCGAAAAGAUCGGUAUCGUU